CUAAUACCAGACAAUCACAAUCCAUAGUUUUCAGUCGUCAACGCGUGCACUCAUUACAUCCCCACAAGGCCUCAAUGGCGUCAUACCCAUACCCCUCCCUACCUACCCACCUAGCCAACCCAUGUCCUCGUACCAUCCCCCACCCACACCCUUCAAACCUCUCACCUCACCACCACCACAAAAUGUCACUCCCCCGCACCUCCCUCCACACCUUCCUCAAAACCGCACGUUCCCACCUCCAAAACCAGCACAAGAACCCUUCUUCUACACCCUUAACUUUCGUCAUUGGGAAUGAAUCAGCUGGUAGUCCCUCUCUGUCCCCCCUUUCCCCCAAAACCCUUGAGAAUUGAACGGAAUCUGAUUCUGAUUGAAUGUGUGAUUAGAUCUCGACUCCCUCUGCAGCGCCAUCCUCCUCGCGUAUUUGAAGACGUAUACUGGCAAUGACAAUGGCAAUAGCAAUAGCAAUGGCAAUGGCAAUGUGAAAGGGAAAGGAAAAGGUUUCUACAUCCCGCUCUCGAAUCUAAAGCGUACGGAUUUGCGAUUGAGACCAGAACUCAAACCCGUCCUUUCGCAUGCGAAUUUCGAGGUGGGGGAUUUGCUUACGCUCUGCGACCUACCAUUCUCCCUUUCCGCAGAUCAAACAAAAGAUACAAACGGAGAUAGAGAGGAAGGGAAAGGGCAAGAUGAAGAGAAGGAGAAGACGAGGUGGUUUUUGGUAGACCACAACCUCCUCACCGGCCCCCUAGGCCAGGCAUUCAACAACCGCAUCAUAGGAGUAAUAGACCACCACGUUGACGAGGGUCAACACACCGCGCUCGCUCUCUCGCCCGAAGGCGAAGGACGGGUCAUCAAGACGGUAGGCAGCUGCGCGUCGCUUAUCGUCCAGACUUUUCUGGAUUCUUGGCCGUCAUCUCGCGAGAUGUCGUGUGAAAAUUGGGAUCGGGAGGUUGCGGCGCUGGCGUUGGGGGCUAUUGUGGUUGAUACGAUGGAUUUAGGGGAUAAGGGGAAGACGACGGAGGUGGAUUGCGAGGCGGUGGGGUUUUUGGAGGGAUUGAUGAAGGGGGAGGGGGGGUUUGAUAGAAAGGGGUAUUUUGAGGAGAUUGAGAGGGCGAAGGGGGAUGUAGAUUCUUUGAGUCUCGCAGAGAUCUUUAGGAAAGAUUAUAAAUCCUGGACGGAACGGGAUGUAAACCUAGGGAUCAGCGCCUCGGUCAAGAACCUCUCGUUCCUCCUCGAGAAAGGCGGGGGGAAAGAGGGGUUCCUGGGUGCUGUGGAGGAGUUUUCGAAUGUAAGGGAGCUGGAUCUUUUUGCGGUUAUGACGACGUUUCAGGGCGAGGGGGGGUUUAUGAGGGAGCUCUUUUUAUACGCACGGAAUGCGAGGAGUGUGAAAGUGGCGGAGAGGUUUGAAAGGGAUGCGAGGGAGAGACUUGGGUUGAGGGGGUGGAAGGAGGGGGUGUUGGAUGGUGAUGGUGAUGAGGGAUGGAGGAGAUGUUGGGUGCAGGAGAAGACGGAGAAUAGUAGGAAGCAGGUUGCGCCGUUGUUAAGAGAGGCGAUGCUCUAA